AGAGGAUCAUCAAUUUAAACAAUGUUUAAAUGGAAUUUUAGAGUAUCUUAUUGCUGAGGUGAUGCAUUCUUUCAUGGAAUAUUCUGCAGCAUAUUCCUUCCACUUCAUGUGGUGCGUGUGUGUGAAUGAGUGCUGGUUAGGGGCAGGGUUUUGUCUGUCUGCCACUCCACCCAUUAGACCAGUGCAGUGUGGGUGUUGCCUUUCCUGGGUGUGUCAGCCUCCCAUGCAACAUUUCAGGACAGAGUCAUACCUGUACGAAGCAGCCGAACAGGACCAGUCAUGUCGCGAUUCUUCAAGAAAAUGGUCAAUAAAAUCAUCCAUGAUGAUUCGGAUGAUGACUCGGAUGGACACGAGAGGAAGGCCCCAGUACCUCCGUAUCACGGGACGGUCGUCCCCCAUCCCAACUUCAAUGCCCACGCGGACGCAGCCGCCCUCCGCAAGGCUAUUGACUCCAAAGAUGUGGAUGAGGACACGAUCCUGGAGGUGGUGGUGAGGAGGACUAACUACCAGAGGCAGCAGAUCAAAGCGGCCUACCAGCAGGAGACCGGAAAGCCUCUGGAGGACGCUAUGAAGUCUGCGCUGAGGUCCGACUUUGAGGACGUGGUCUUGGGGUUGCUCAUGACCCCUGCCCAAUACGAUGCACACGAACUCAAACAUGCCAUGAAGGGUAUUGGCACGUGUGAGUGUAUUCUGAUCGAGAUCCUGACAUCCAGAUCAAAUGAAGAAAUCCGGGGGAUAAAGAAGGUCUUUAAAGAAGCCUAUGAUGAGAGUCUGGAGGAGGACAUCAAGAAUGACACAGACGGACACCUACAGGAAGCCCUGCUGGCCCUCUGCAAGGCCGACCGCUGUGAGGACGUGGACAUUAGUGACAGCGUCGCCAAGAGUGACGCCAAGGCUCUGCACGAGGCAGGGGAGAACAAGAUGGGCACUGACACCUCCGUCUUCAUCGACAUCUUCACCUCCAGGAGUGAACCGCAGCUGCACAAAGUAUUUAAGUACUAUGGGAGGUAUAGCGAAGUGUCAUUGGCUGAAGCCGUGGAUGAGGAGCACACAGGAGACAUUGAUGACUGCCUCACCACAUUGGUGAAGUGUGCCUGGAACAAGCCUGCCUACUUUGCUGAGAAGCUGCACCUGGCGAUGAAGGGCUGGGGGGCCAAUGAGGAGACUCUGACGAGGAUCAUCGUGAGUCGCUCUGAGAUUGACCUGAAGAAGAUCCUGGUAGAGUUCAAAAGGAUGUUCGGACGCACCCUGCAGGACGCCAUUCUGAAGGAGACCAAAGGCCACUUUGAGAAGAUCCUCCUGGGCUUAUGUGGCAAGCAGGUAAAACUGGACAUCAGGGUCCCGCCCCAUUGUCACCACACCUACUACCUAGGGCAGUCUAAUGUGUGGGCUCCCAACCUGUAUGACACCUGUUCGAGUGUGUCACUCUACAUUCCGCCACGCACACUCCCCAACGAGCACGUGAUAGGUGUCUCUGCAGUGGCUUCAAUGGGUCUCUUUUCAAAACUCUUCAAGAAGGUCACCGAGGACAAAUCAGAUCAGGAUGAUGACCUGGACUUAAAUGAUGCGUUGGGGAAGAAGAAGGCCCCAGAGAAGCCCCCAUACUACGGCACGGUGACCCCCCACCCCAACUUCAGUGCCAUCAGAGAUGCGGCAGCACUGCAGAAGGCCAUCGAGGCCAAAGGUGUGGAUGAGGCCACCAUCAUAGAUCUUUUGGUGAAGAGGACCAAUGAGCAGAGACAGCAGAUCAAAGCUGCCUACGAGCUGGACACCAAAAAGCCUAUGGAGGGCGCUAUUAAGUCUGCGCUGAGGUCCGAUUUGGAGGACGUGGUUCUGGCCCUACUGAUGACCCCAGCCGAGUACGACGCCCACGUACUCAAACACGCCAUGCAGGGUUUAGGGACUCAUGAGGACAUCCUUACUGAGAUUAUGGCCUCCAGGUCCAACAAGCAGAUCAGCGAGAUUAAGAAGGUCUUCAACAAAGCUUAUAAUGAAGAGCUGGAAGAAGACAUUAAAAACGACACCAGUGGGGAUUUCCUCGCCGCUCUGCUUGCCCUGUGUAAGGCUAACCGGAUUGAAGACUCCUACAUGGACGACUGCUUGGCAAAGCAAGACGCCAAGGCACUGUAUGAGGCAGGAGAGAAGCAGGAGGGGACGGACAUCGCCGUCUUCAUCGACAUCUUCACCUCCAGGAGCGGGCCUCAGCUCACAAAGAUCUUCAGGAUGUACUCUAGCUACUAUGGGGAGGAGGGUCUGGCUGCAGCUGUGGAGAAGGAGCUGAAGGGAGACAUUGAGGACUGUCUAGUAGCGCUACUGAAGUGUGCCUGGAACACACCUGCUUACUUUGCCGAGAAACUACACCUGGCAAUGGAGCAGGGCAUGGGGACCAAUAAGGACACUCUGACGAGGAUCAUUGUGAGUCGCUCUGAGCUCGACCUGAAAAAGAUCCUCAAGGAGUACCAGAGGAUCUACGGCCCGACCCUACAGGAGAGCAUUCUGGCGGAGACCAAAGGGGACUAUGAGAAGAUCCUGCUGGGACUGUGUGGGGAUGUCUAAGCCCGUGAGGUCUCUCCCUACCGGCGACCACUUUGGCUGGCCUUGGCGUUAGCAUCAGAGCUUGAGGCAGUCCCCACCACUAAUUGCGGAGGAGUACGACCUUAUACGGAGGGUGGAGGUACUGCACAGUGAUUAAUGUGCUGGUGUGCCAUCCGACCAUGCUGCUUUGGGAAUUCUGUAAUUCAUAGCCUACAGAACUAUGAGCUACCGCCAACCUCCAGCCUUCUUAAACACAAUGUAAUUCCUGUCCUCAAGGCUGUUGUUCAAGCUGUGUAAUGUAAUGUAAUGUAAUGUAAUGUAUUGUCUGAUAACCAAAUGAUAAUUUGAGCUAGCAGUUUGAUGUUUCUGUGUAGAGAAUUGACUGUGUGAGUUGAUGUACCUACUAGGACUGGCAGUCAAAAAUGAUUGUUGAAAUAUCCACUGUAACUUGAUGUACUGUAGUGGUAUAUAAUGUUUGUGCAUUUGUUGAAAGUUUUGUUUCCACAAUAUCAUGUGUAAAAAAAAAUAAAAA